AUGGAUACAAUCGCGAAGCUCAACGACACAGAGAUCUCGCGUAUCGUCGGCCCCACACGCGCUGCUUUCCAGCCGUACUGGUCGAUGUCGACGAGCACAGAUGGGAUAAAGAGCAUCCCGACCAAGACUUUCAAGUAUGGAGCAACUGAGAGACACCAGCUCGACGUAUACUAUCCUCCCCCGGCCAAAAUAGCAACAUAUGAAGGGCAUGAAGUGCGAUAUUGCCAAGGUGAAUCCUGCCAUCUUGCCGACCAAGGGAGCAAGGGAAGCCCCGUCCUAUGCUUCGUAUACAGUGGCGGAUUCACGACUGGCGAGCGCAUCCUCCCCAACACAUUCGACAUGGUGUACGCCAACCUCGGCGCGUACUUCGCGCGCAAAGGGUUCAUCGUCGUUAUUCCCGAUUACAGACUAGUACCCAACGUGAAGUUCCCUGGGCCGCCCGAAGACAUCCGCGACGCCAUCGCGUGGGUCGUCGGGAAUUUGAACCAGGCGAGCGAAGCGGGCCUCCCGCAAGCGGAUACCGACGCGGUCUUCCUCAUGGGCCAUUCCGCCGGCGCGGCUCAUGCGUCGACUAUGGUGCUGUAUCCAGAUCUAGCGCCAGUGGAGCUGAAGCAGCGCAUUAAGGGCGUCGUGUUGAUAUCUGGGCCGUAUGAUAUAUUGCGGAAGACGACGAGUAAAUCCGUCGAUCUGAAAGAAGUGUAUUGGUCGGGAGAAGAAGACAUGAAGAAGAACCAGCCCUUGUCGUUGAUCCAGGCUAUGUCAGCGUCAGAAGCGGCGGCGGUCCCUCGUGUACUGAUGGUGGAAGGCGAGUGGGAGCCUGAGUGGGUUCAGGUUGUUGGAGAGGAGCUCUACGCGGAGGCCCUGAAAAAGGGUGUGCAAGUAGAGAAGCUCGUUGCGAAGGGGCACAAUCACAUUAGCCUUACCCUCGCUUUAUCGACGGGGCAAGGUGAGGAUUGGGCUGAGAGAGCGGCUGGAUGGAUGAUGCAGAGCCUCGGGUUGGAUACGAAGGCAUGA